AUGGAUGCCUCGGCACAUCUUUCUCAACGGGACCUCGCUGUCCGCCUGCUUGAACGGCAUGGGACUAUGCGUCUUUCCGACCUCAAGGGCCAAGGCGUCAAUCCUGCCACGCUUUCACGGCUGAUCGACCAGGGAGUGCUUCAGCGACCGUCGCGUGGCCUGUAUGAGCUUGCGGGCGCCGACAUCGAGGCUUCGCAUUCGCUAGCGGAGAUCGCCAAGCGUGUGCCGAAAGGGAUUAUCUGUCUGAUCUCGGCGCUCCAGUUCCACGAAAUCACGCUGCAGCUUCCCCGCAGCGUCUGGAUCGCGGUCGGGUCCAAGGACCGCAAGCCCGCAAUCGAGUAUCCGCCAAUCCGCAUCGUUCGAUUCGGAGAAAAGGCGCUCACGAUGGGUGUCGAGACCCAUACAAUCGACUCAGUGCCGGUUCGGAUUUUUGGUCCAGCGAAGACCAUUGUCGACUGCUUCCGCUUUCGCAGCACGGUAGCGUGGUCGCUGAUGAAGGGUAAGCCGAACAAUCUCUCCGCCUCGGUGCUCGCCCGGCUCCGCAAUGUCGCACGGGCGAAAAACACCGACUACCAGUUCAUCUUGCGACGCUACGCAAUCGAGCGGCUGCUCCUUCGGCUCAGCAUCUCUCCGUAUCGGGACCAAUUCGUCCUGAAAGGCGCUAUGCUCUUCACUGCAUGGCUCGAAGAUCCGUUUCGUCCGACGCAGGACCUUGACCUCCUUGGCCAUGGCGAUCCCGCAGCAUCAUCAAUCGAAGCCGCGUUUCGAGCCGUCUGCCAAACGCAAACAGAGGACGACGGACUUUUAUUCGACACCGAAGGCUUAAACGCUGCGCUAAUCCGUGAAGAUCAGCAAUACGGCGGCAUUCGCGUCAAGACGAAGGCUUUUCUAGCAAAAACCCAAAUCCCCGUGCAGGUCGACAUCGGCUUUGGCGACGCCAUUACUCCAGCGGCGCAGGAACUGGAAUUUCCUUCACUGCUAUCACCCGAAGGCCCACGGCUGAAGGCUUAUUCAAAGGAAACUGUCGUCGCCGAGAAGCUUCAGGCCAUUGUUGCGCUCGGUCGCGCAAACAGCCGGAUGAAAGACUUCUAUGAUCUGCUUGUGCUGUCGCGCCUGUUCGAGUUCGAGGGCGCGACCCUUGCCACGGCCAUCCGCGCGACAUUCGAUCGACGCGGGACGAUCGUUCCUGCAACGCCGCCUGAUGGCCUUUCCCAGGAAUUUGCGACGGACCAUGACAAACAACGCCAAUGGACGGCCUUUGCCCGACGCGAGCCGCUGCUGAUCGCGCCGCCGAAUCUCGGGGAAACAAUAAACGCGAUCGCUAGUUUCGUGCUGCCCCCGAUCAUGGCGGCGGCUUCAGGCGCCGGCUUCGACUUCAGGUCAGAUAGCAAAGAAAAAGCACAAAGCGGGGGCCAUAUCAGGCACCUGCGCUCUUUGGGAUUUGAAAAGGCGGAAGACGGGAGUCUCCACGUAAACGGAUCGGGGAAGGAGAUUGUCAGGUUAGCCUCUCUCACAUGGUCUGUCCCCGUGUCGAACGGCUUCGGCAGGCGGCUCAGAUAUCUCGUUUGGGAUCAGCACAACGGUAAGCUCAUAGGGCUGAUUGCUAUUGGCGAUCCCGUAUUUAACCUGUCCGCGCGUGACAAGCUUAUUGGCUGGGAUUCGAACGAUCGAAGCGCACGUCUUGUCAAUGUCAUGGACGCUUACGUGCUGGGGGCGUUGCCGCCCUAUAAUUUCCUACUCGGCGGCAAGCUAAUUGCCUGCCUGCUGCGGACGCGCGAUUUGUACGAUGACUUCGCCACUGCCUAUGGCGGUACGACGGGCAUCAUUUCCGGCAAGGAGAAGAAAGCGCGUUUACUCGCCAUUACGACUUCAUCCUCGAUGGGCCGAUCGUCGGUCUACAACCGGUUGAAGAUCGACGGUACGCAAUAUCUUAAGUCUAUUGGCUAUACGGGCGGAUGGGGUCACUUUCAUAUUCCCGACAGAUUAUUUGCAGAUUUGCGGGAAUAUUUACGCGACAUCGAUCAUCCUUAUGCCGACCUGCACAGGUUCGGUCAGGGGCCGAACUGGCGUUUGCGAACGACACGUGCCGCUCUGUCCGCGCUCGGUUUCAAAGAGGACAUGCUGCGCCAUGGCAUCAAGCGCGAAGUUUUCAUCUGCCAGCUUGCCAGCAACGCAGCGAAAAUCCUCAAAACGGGCAAGGGAAAACCAAAUCUCGCAUCACUGCGCUCGGCAGAAGACGUUUCGGGCUUGGCCUUGGAAAGGUGGCUGGUCCCCCGUGCCAAAAGGCGCCCGGAAUUCAAAGACUGGGAUUCAAGUGAUCUAAUCGAUCUGUUUGGUAAUCAAAGCCGCAUGUUGCGCUCACUGUCUGAAAAGAUGGAGCAUCUGGAAGGGCAUUUUGCCGCCCUGGCGGUAUCCCGCGCGGCAUCCGGUUUCCCGAUUUUUGCCUUGGAGCACGGGCUUACAGAGGAAGAGUUUGACGACAUUGCGGGCCAGUUACGUGCGCGCGUCGCGGCUCGAAAGAGAUUUGCACCGCAUUGGCUGCUGUGGGCGAUAUAUGCCGCAGAACGCGGCUAUAGCUAUUCAGGUGGCGAAUACUGGCCGUCAUUUGAGGAAAGCACGCCUGGCUGGGAGUACAAGGACCGCUACAAACUUCCAGGCUGGUUCGCCAAAUUCCAGAAAGCCUACAACGGCGUUGUCCCUUCCGGCCCAUGGGCCGGGCAUUUUCGGAUCAUUGCCUGGCCCAUCACCCACGCCGUGUUGCCACGCUAUCUGCAACGGCAUUUUGCCAAAGCGCUUUACGAACUUCGCUUUCGGCUCGCCAGUCUUACUUCGAUCGACCCGGCCGCGAUUGGCCGCAUGGUCGCCGCCAACUAUCACGGAUCGACGCGCUUUGAAGAAUUUCUGCAGCAGGAAGAACUUGUUGGCCGGAUCGUCCUUGCUCUCCUGCACCAGGACCCGCGUGAAGGCGAAGAGCGAUUGCUGCCUUCUACACUUGAGCGCAUCACCAGCGACCUGGAGCGGGUCAGAAGCGCGCGAGACUGGCUCAACGAAGCCAGCCGCGUUGUUACGGACCGCUUUAAGGGCAUUGGCCGCGGCGCUGACCCGCGCGGUUUUGCGGUCGGGCUGGAACCGGGCGGCUUGCCAAGGGAUCGGGAGCUGUUGCCCGACAUCAGGCCGAAUUUGCAGCUUCGCUAUGCAGGCAAUCACACUUGGACCCUUUUACUUGAUUUGCCCAGCUUUAAAAGCAUCGCUGCACUGAAUGCCGACAUUCGCCAGUUCCUUCGGCGGACACGGUGCAGCAUCAACGGCGCGGAAGGAAAGAAAUCUGCAGGCUGGGUUCUUUCCGGCAACCGCCGCACCGUCCUCAAGAAAUGGCCAGAUCCUGAAAAGCCGCUUGUCCGGUUUGACCAAAACCAGGCUGCCGUCGAUCAACUGCUCGAAACCGAAUGCCGCAUGACCACGGGUCCCGUCUGGCUGUUUCGCGUCGGGCGCGACGGCUUAGCUCGCGAAAUUGCAGGCCGGAUCAUGCGGCCCGGACAGGAAUACGUUAUCGCCAGCGAAAACGCGCCGCGUGAUCUGCAGGACGGCAUGCGCCCCUGCACGAUAGACUGCCAUGGGAUAGAAGCGGUCCGGGUCACUGUCCCCCCUGACGUUUCGGCCGAUUAUAUUCAGUGGCUUUCAAAGCACGGCUUAGAACUGGCACGGACUAUUCGCGUCUGGCCCGCAGGCUUGCCGGGCCGCAACUGGGACGGUGAAGGCCGCAGCGAAUGGCUGACGACCGAGAUGCCCUGCCUCGGCAUUGUGCCGGAUCAUCCGGUUGACUCAUAUGUGAUCAGUCUCGACGGAAAGGCCAGCACGGUUGCCCGCGCCGGACCGACAGGGCAACCGACAUUCAUACGAUUGCCGCAACUCGAUGCCGGCACGCAUCUGUUGACUGUGACAGCGCAGCGCAGCGCCGCUCUUGACGACAUUACGAAAACAUCCGCGCACGAGGGCUUUGUCGAACUGCGCGUACGGGAACCUGAACCGUGGAUUCCCGGAACCGCAUCCCAUACGGGUCUGAUUGUAACUGGCGAUCCGCAUGAUGCAGGGCUCGAUACAUUUUGGGAAAACCGCUUCAACCUAUCAGUAGUUGGACCCGAACACCGAAGCGUCACGGCCACCGUGAUCCUUGAAGACGCCAAAGGUGAGGAGGUAUUCGGCGGUCAGGUAAACGCGUCAUUGGAAUUGCCGAUUACGCCGGAUGCCUGGCACAGGCGUUUUGGCGACUUUCUCAAACGCGAGCAGUGUGAAUGGCGCUACCUGGAAGCGUCUGCCGGCAUUCUCAAAAUCAAUGGCCAGGAACUCGGCGAAUUUACGCUCCGGUUUGAACACGAAGCGCAGCCGCUGAGAUGGGUGCUCCGCCACGAGAACGGACGACUGAUUGUCCGUCUUGUUGAUGACACGGGACAGGAAGACGGGCGCCUGAAAUGCCGUUAUUUCAGCAUGGAAGAGCCAGCCAGGAUCGCGCGUCUUGAUGCCGCCAGCGCUCUGGCCGGGACACAAUUGGAGCCGCCCGGCGGUCUCGUUACAGCGCAAUCGGGCGAUUAUCGCGACACAAUAUUGGUCAGCGCAGGGCUGACUGGCGCCGGGCUGGAGGGCCUCGGCGUUACCCCCCGAUAUGAUGAUGUGCGCGAUGAUCCUGCGGCUGUCAUUAGGGCGCUCCGCAUACUGCGAUAUUGGCGAAAAGCGCGCCUUGCCGGCUUUGUCGCAGGCGCAAGACGCCAACAGGUUAUGGACGGCCUGCUGCUCGCCAUCUACAGCAUUCUUUGCGGGCCGCAAUGGAUCAGAGCCGAAAGACGAUUUCUCGACAACCCGAACGCGCCGCGCGCAGCGGACAAUCUGCAGGCCGCGAUUGGAAAGCACGGCGGCUUUUCCGCCGUCCUGCGCCGUGAUGCCGCCGGCAUUGACCACAGAUUUGCUUCUAUAACCACUUGGUACGCAGACCUUGCCAAGCGCUACGGCGUUUGCCGCGAUCCCGGGCUAUGCGCUUUCGCGAUACGGCUUGCCAGUCAACCGCACCGUUUGCCGGCUUCUUGUUCGCCUAAAGAGCAGUCCUGUCUUGUUGCGCGGGGCACGGUUCCUGGCCCUGCUAUCCGCAACUCACGACGGCAAUACGCACGCCUUGCUUCCGGAGUGGAAGACAUGAUUGACGUGAUCGAGGCUUCCGACGUGAUUGAAAAUUGCCGCGCAACGCUGGGAAUUCCGGGCGAGAACGAUAGCCUCGACGAUAUUCUGCUUGCCGGCCUUCUCAGACGCUGCGCCGGCAUACUCUGUCCGUGUUCGCGGACGGCGCUGCGUUCGGCGCUCUUGGAAAGCCUGAGCCACCUUGACGACGAUCCUGAUGCGCUCGCGGACCGCCUGGAUGAUCUCGUAGACAGUCUAAUUGUAGGCGGCGAUCUGCUCGAACUUGCGGACGUGGCGAUUGACGACGCCAAGGUGAAAGGCACAUGGGUCUUCGCCGCGCCGCCUAGCUUCGUCAUGAGGCCAAGCGGAGCGAUAUUCCUGGCGGGCAUCGUACCCGACCAGGAUACGUUUCUUUCCUCUGACCUGUCUGCGCGCGUGGCUUACGAUGGCUGCGCGCGGUAUAUUACACCCGAAGCCGACGAAGAUCUCGCAGCGAUCCUUCUGACGCAGGGCCUACAGCAUCUACCCGAAAGCGUAUGGCUGAAAUCACCGAGGGCCGAUACCGCAGAAGAACAUCUAUCUUCCUUUGAAAGACAACUCGCCGCACGGCCUCCCUGCGGAACGGUCAACGGUCUCGAAAUCCUCGAUUCCUCAAAACCCGUGACUUACUAUCGCGGGCGCUGGGUAGUCCCCUCAGGGCAAACCGGUACAUUUGUGGCGCGGCGCCCGCAGGAAUUCGGGGCGCCGCUCUGGUGUUUCGUCGAACUCGCAGACGGCGUAGCGCGGCGCCUGAUGGACCUGCCGCGGUCUGGCUUCCGCUGGCGGGGCUGUGAUGCCGCAUGGCAUCUUCAAAUGGCAAUUGAUUUCUGCCGGGGUCAGCCGCAGCGUUACCGAAGGCGCGACAGCGAACUGACGGUCCGCUUUGACUUUUUUUCGCCGUUGCCCGAGUGGUCCCAAAGACGUUUGAUGAUCCUGGGAACGCAAUGUCCGCGUGAUCACAGCCUAUUGGCUUAUGAGAUUCCGCGCCGCGAAGCGGAUAGCGAAGAGCGCUUUUUGCAAAACAACCUUUGGAUGGUCAAGUCGGACGAGCAUCAGCCGGGAGAAUAG